GAAAGUUUGUGGAUUUCAAAAAUGGCGGCGCGCGUAGACCAGACAGUUUAUUGAGUUUUUUUCACGAUCACGGAAAACGUUAUCUAAUUCCUUCGCAAAUAGUGGAUAAAAACCACCAUUAGAUAUUCUUUCUUUUUAAAAAUGCCGCCUUUAGACUGGGGAAGAAUUAUGCGAGUAGAUGUAGAGGUACUUCGAGAAGACGUCGAUGCAGCUGAUGACAUAUACGGCGUCUUGGAGAUGGGUUCAGUUACUCCGGACUCGGAGGAAGCUGUGGAUGUUAACAAGAUGAUUAAACUGUUUGAGGUCACCAAGACUGUUAUGAAGGUUAAAUCAUUACAAGCUGAACUGGCAGCUGAAGAAAUGACUAAAGGUGGAGGCGGAGAAAGAGAGCAGGAAUUAAUCGAUGAAAUUACCCAUUUAGAACGGGAAAUUCAGCAAUAUAGGGUGAGGUAUUUUUUUUCUAGACAAUGUUCUAUGUUGAAAUAUCCUAAAAUUCUCUAUAACAAGUCCUGAGUUUGUACUUGUUCACAAGGCUAUUUUUUUUGGAGGGAUAUGGGGAAGGGCACUGAUUAAUUUUCAAGAUGUUUAGUUUAAUAUUUGGAAGUGGUGUAGUCUGUCAAAUGGGUGACAAUGCAUAAGUUUUAACAUAAUACUGCAUUAUAAAACUCAGACUAAACAUAUAAAUGUCUUCAGCGCAAAACUAGAUCCUCAAUAAUCAGGUUAUUAUAUUAACAUCACAAGUCUAAAGGAUAAUACCUGUAGUUGAACCUCCCAUAAGUGACCACACAAAAUGUCAAGUCUAGGUGGUUGUUUACGGGAGGUGGUCACUUACGAGAGCUUAUCGUAUUGGGCCAAAAUUUUGUCUCAUCAGCAUAUGGUAACUACAGAGACUUUUAAAUGUUUUAUUCAUGCAAAAAGUCAAUUUCAAGAUAAACUCUGGUACUUCCCAUUAAGAAAUCUCUGUCUCUAGUACAACUCAGGAA